CGAAAAUUACCGGGCGGAAAGCGGAGCUGAGGACAGUCCAGAUGACUCUUAGCAGAAAAGCAGAGCUGCAUCCGUUACAGGCGCCUUCAGCAGCUAGUGCAACGAUACCAGGGCGACGAAAAGGGUGCAAUCAUAUUCGUGCUGAUCAUCAAUUGCCGAGUUUUCAAGCAGCAGCCGCCGUUGUUUAUUUGCAAGUAGCCAGCUUUUGAGCUCCUUAUUGCCCAUCAGGAUCUUCUUCGACCUAGUAGUUAGGCAACAGAUUUACUGGGGAUGAAGCUAGCAUGUAACCUUGCGUGAAACAGUGUUGUCCGCCGCUGCCUAUCUAUCUUGUUUUUGCUUUCAAAAUCUAGUCUGGCUCAGCAUCUGGCACGAUUGAGUUGGAGCACCAUGGCGUCUGAACACAAUUCUCCAGCUGACUACUCUCUGGAGAAGCAAGCAGAGGACAUUAACGCCGUAGGUUCAUUUCUUGCUCAAAGGGACGUUCCAGAGCUGAUUACCAAGACCGCGCAAGCGGACUUCAUCAUUCUGGCCGGCAGCGCCUUGCCAUGUACAGCGGAGAUUGCGGCAGAGGCAAUUCACAACGGUGUUGCUAAGGAGCUUUUGAUUACAGGGGGAACAGGCCACUCAACCGCACCCCUCUACGCUGCUGUCAAAAGGGUGCCCAAAUUGGCACAUCUAGAGGUAGCAGGUCAAACGGAAGCUGAGGUUCUGCGGCGGAUAGUCACGGAGGUAUGCCAUGUUCCAAAUGAGAAAGUCAUGCUGGAGACGAAGUCUCUCAAUUGUAGUGAGAACGCUUCCAAGAGUAUUGAGCUUCUCGCCACUCAAGGGAGGGACCAUGUGAAAGCCAUUCUGAUCCAAGAUCCGACUAUGCAGCGGAGAACAAUGGCAAGCUUCCAUAAGCACUUAGAGCACCGAGAGGAUAUACAGAUGCAAGUCAUCAGCUUUGCGCCGUUCAUUCCGGUUGUUGAGGUGCAGUCAGACAGUAAGGGGUUCCAGUUCAGUGAUCAAAUGGAGGCACUGCAACCAAUAUGGUCCGUGGAACAUUACACUGCUCUGAUCAUGGGAGACAUGUUGCGGUUGCACGACACUGAGCAGGGGUACGGGCCUCGUGCUUGCUAUGUGCGGCUGCCAUAA